AUGGAGGCCAUGGCCUCAGAAAAGCUUCGGCGCCCCAGCCAAGGAACGAAGUCGAUCAUUGUAAAGACUUUAUCGGGUAGGACUAUCAAGCUAGAAGAAGUUGACCUCUCAGAAACCAUCGAGGCUGUCAAGUAUAUGAUUUUUGAAAAGAUAGACAUUCCUCCGGCAUCUCAGAGAUUGGUAUUCAGCAAUGGAGUGGGUGCUACCAAGGAAUGGUAUACCUUGAGGGAAUACGGCUUCCAGUAUGGAACAGAUAUCCAUCUGAUCGAUCGUCUCCGUGGCGGUGCCACUACCCCUGACAUUAAAAUACUUGUCAGGAAGCUCGACGGCGAGAUUUUCACGCUCAUGUUGUAUAGCCUCAAGACUUCCAUCUAUGAAGUCAGGAGGCUGAUUCGUGAACAGAAGGGCAUUCGGCAGACACAACAGCACCUCGUCUUCAGCGGGCAGCCACUGGACCACGACAGAACCCUGGCCGACUACAACAUCCAGGAGAAUUCAACCCUCCAUUUGGCUCCAGGCCCAUGUGGCGGCAACAGCGGUCUUCAUGAGCCUCUCUCCAAGGACGAAGAUGGAUUGGUCAAGACUGGACAGGCCGCGGGCACCUAUGCUGCGGCUGUCGUCAACGAGGAGGGAAGCAGCCACGGCCACGACCACGACCAGCAGUCCUCCGGGUCCCAGUCCCGGCCUCUAGUGCUUCAGGGCAGAAUCGAACAAAUAAUGGAGGCGAGCAGCGAGAUUACGGAGGAGCCACCGAGCAUGGGCGUGGGCGUCAACGAUACUGCGCUCCCGGAUGAUCAGUUCAUCAAGCAGCAGAAGAUACGUUGGUCCAAAUACUCUGUCAAGGCUCUCAUGUUCGCGAUUACUAUGUUCGUUACUUAUCUGGGUUCAGCAUCAACAUCAUUCUCCACUGGAAACAUGGUCUUCAAGAUCUCUAUUGGAGCCUUCUUCAUCGCCGAUGCCACGCUCUCAAUAAUGAUGCCACCAAAGAUGGGCAGUGCCUUAGUCUACCUCUCAUGCUUCCUUCUAGUGUUAGUGUCAUACCUUCUACUUGUCUCGUUCAACAAGUACUAUGGCUACGCCAUACUCCCAGUGCCGCUCCCUAUCGUCACUGCUCUCCUUCAACAUAAAUUGCUGCCUGGACUGAUGCAACACCAAAGGUCUAACAACAACGAAGGUGAUCAUACUGUUGAUAUCGAGGUUCCUGUUCAGGCUCACGGUGCCGAUGAAGAAGAUGGUCAGCAUUUUGACCGUAUAUUCGAAUUAUCAGCUGAUAUUGUCAACUGUGGCGGCCUCAUCACCGUGGUCUUUGGAAACUCUAUGGUUGGGCCUGUCAGCGCAGUUGGAUUCUUGUUCUUCUAUACUGUGGCUCUCGGGCUAUAUCUUAUGAUGGUCACGACGGUGAGGACUGUGGUUCUCACUCCCCAUGCCUGGUAUCUGGCCAUCCUGCUGAAGGUCCUGCUAGUGAUCACGCUUAUUACUGCCUUGAUCCGUGGUGUUCGCCUCUCAAAUGUUUAG